UACACAUAAACGCUGCACAACAUAUUCUUCCUUGAGAUCGAAUUUACCACGAAGAGCAAGUCUUCUCCGCCUUUGAUACGAACAAUUUAGCAACGCUGUUAGAUGUCGCCACGUGACCGACAUGUUAACCGGACGGCUCGCGAGUGGUUCCGCCAAUCAGCGCGCCGCGUUUCCGUCGGCUCCAUCGCGAACGAUGACGUUCGCUCGUGGUCGCGCUGCGACAGUUUCGCGACGAGAUGUCCUCCGCAGCGGAGAUCGUCGGAGUAGCUCCGCGCCCCUCUCGCCCUACGACAAGCGAUCGCCGUCGUCGUCGUCUGGCGAGCGACGUUAUCCACGCCCGCCGCGACGACCGCGAUUCGUCGAUGGGCUGCUGGUUGCGCCGAUAAUUCGAUAAGAACAAAACGACGAGAAAGGGGAGGAAAAGACACAUACAAGCGCGAAUUCGGGAGCGGCGCGCCCGAAUCAACGUGGCCUCGGCCAUCCUCGCGACAAGGCCGGCUGUUGGAAGCUGCACGAACAGACACGACGCCACCCGAUCCGAUGCGACGCGAUCACGUGGCUGUCCGUCUGUCCCUCCGACUGACCGUGUUUACUUUCGUUCGUUUAUUCGUUACGUUCGUUCGUUCGUUCGCUCGCUCGCUCGCUCGCUCGCUCGUUCGAUCCCGAAUGCACGUCCGUGAGCGCCAAAUUGACAAACAGUACGACGCGACGUCGGCGCGUUCAUCUCGCGCGCUCGGGAUGUAACGCCGUGGUUGUGUCCCUCCGUUUUGCUCCACUCGCACCACUGGUAUCCCAGAUGCUGCAUGUCGUCCACAUCGCGGAGGCAGGGAAACGGUGACGCGGUCAUCGAAGAUCGACUACGGACGCUGCGAUAAAAGGAUCAAUAGAGAAAGGAAAAGAAGAGAACGAGUCCACCUAAAGAAGGGCUUCGAUGGAUCUCGUUUGAAGCCUCGAAGGCCAAGGCUGCCACUUACGCCAAACUGCGGGGGUGAAAGAGAACGAGGAAAUCGAGUGAGAUAGAAAUCGGAAUAGAGAAGAAAGAGAUGAGCUAUCUGACACGUGGGCGAACUCCGAAGACUCAUAAGCUUGGGCGUCGCUAAAGAGAGAAGGAGAUAGACAGGCGAGAAAGAGAGAAAGAUAGAAAAAGAAGAUUACAUCCAAAACACGUGAACGUUUUGCUUUCUUCUUAAAGUAUUAUCGUCCGAGGGGACGGUCGCGAGGCGCUGCGAGGGUGAUGCUCCUAGUGAGCGAAAGUGAGGAGCCCCAGGAGGCUUUUCUCCCUUCGUUCCCCUCAUUCAGGGAGGAGAAGAAGAACUGCAACAGGGUCGGUCCCUGGCCUGAGGGCUGCAACUGCAGCUGAAACUGGAAGCGGCCAGCAGGGAGGAGUGCCUCGUGGUGCACGGUGGUGCUCCUCUAACGGCGACUAGAAAGGAGUUAUGGUGUCUCGCGCAUGCAAUGCCUGUGGCCGCCGCAGCCGUGGCACUGUGGCAUCGUGCCCAUCUCAAGGCGCUCGCCUGCGUCGUCCUUGCCCUGAUCGCCGUUCAGUAUCUGCUUAGCGGCGGUGUGCUCGAUCGUCGAUCCAUCGAGACCAUCUUCACGAUCAAUGCGACCAGAUACGCGGAUCGCUCGUAUAGAACCCACCCGCGUGGCUUAAUCAUAUAUGGUCAAGCAACCGUUGUACCAAGUUUAGCCGCGGGUGGCAAUGUAUCUUCGACGACGAUACUCUCAAUACUGGCCAAGGGCCUCUCGAAUUCAUCUAAAUCCGAGCCGGUGCCGGUUAGAAACCUGGUUGGAACUACACGAGAGCUUCCGGUGUCGAACGCGACCAGUAACGCGACGAUACCACGGUGUUCCCUCAUCCCACCGAAUUUGGUUGGACCGGUGAUAGUCAGUAAAUCACCACCACCGUUGUCCGAGAUGGAGAAGUCAUUCAUGGAGGUGAAAGCAGGCGGCAUAGGUCGGCCCGCAGACUGCGUCGCUAGGCAUCGCGUCGCAAUAAUCAUUCCAUUUCGCGAUCGACCGCAGCAUCUGCAGACUCUCCUCUACAAUCUGCAUCCAGUCCUGCUGCGCCAGCAGAUCGACUAUCAGAUUUUCGUGGUUGAACAGGAAGGUACCGAGGCCUUUAAUCGAGCAAUGCUCAUGAACGUCGGUUAUGUAGAGGCUCUAAAGGAACGAACCUUCGAUUGCUUCAUCUUUCACGAUGUUGACCUACUUCCGGAGGACGAUAGGAAUCUGUACACUUGUCCCGAACAGCCUAGACAUAUGUCAGUCGCGGUGGACAAAUUCAAGUACAGGCUACCCUACAAUGAUCUCUUUGGCGGCGUGUCCGCAAUGUCACGCGAACACUUCCAGCUGGUUAACGGAUUUAGCAACGUCUUCUGGGGCUGGGGUGGUGAAGAUGACGAUAUGGCGAAUCGUAUCAAAGCCCAUGGUCUGCAUAUUUCGCGAUAUCCAGCAAAUGUUGCGCGCUAUAAAAUGCUGGCGCACAAAAAAGAAAAGGCCAAUCCGAAGAGGUACGAGAACCUGAAGACAGGCAAGAAAAGAUUCUCCACUGACGGGUUAGCUAAUCUGCAGUACGAAUUGAUUGACAAGCGGAAACCGAAGCUGUAUACAUGGCUUUUAGUGAGACUGACGCCGCCUCAGCCCAGCUGAUGGCUACCAUGGAUCGGCUGAAGACUCCUGCACGCCAAGCUUCCUAGUGAGGUCUAUGCAAUUGUGUUACGAAAAUGCGACCCUGGAGCUCGCCGCUUUUCAAAGAAGCAAGAUUAAAUACGAGAGACAUUUCCGUGAAAUCUGUCAAAGAAACAUGAAGACGUUCUCUGAAAACACUUCUGGAAAUGUUAGAAUUCCGAUUCAUCGAUGAAGAGACGAGAUCCUGAAUGCACCGGCCAUUUUUAUCCCUAACUGAUCUAGCUGCAGACAUUUUUGGUCAUCCAAUAAAUAAUUAUACAUAAUUACGGCCCAAUGGAGGGAAGUAAUAAGCUCGAAUGAGAAUGAACAAUUAAUGAGAAAGACGAGAAUAAUUAGAAACGCUUUGCAAGAUUGCAUUAUUCUCAAUUAGGAGUUAUUUCUAUAUUGACAUGCUCUUUCUGUAUUCUUAAUUUUCUGUAUUCUUUAUUUCAUCAAAAAUUGUUUUUAAUAUUUUUUUCCGGUCAAAAAUUAAUAAAAUCAAAGACUAAAUUCAAAUAUCGUUUGCUUAUGUAUUUUUCGGGAAGAGUCCUAAAAUGAAAAAUUACUGGCCGCAUAGGAGGUGCACAGAACACCAAAAAAUGAUUGAAGAGCGUUAAUGGUAGA